AGACAGAAAGCCCCCCUGGCUCUCAUCUCUCGGGGUUCUGGGUCUCCUUGGCGGGCUACAGGGUGGGGGGGCCAGCCUCCCCUUGGUCUCGGGGGAAUCGGAGCUGGGCCUGGGCCUGCGUUCCAGCCUGUCUGGGGCUGCCUUUGGGGGCAGCGUUGAGGACCUGCCACUCUCCAGCGUUUAUGUCUGUCCUUCACAGACUUCCCUUUUGUUUCCCGGCUCCUGGUGUAGGGAGUUCUAGAAGAGAAGUGAGACCUACCCCACCACCAUUUUCUUCUGACCAAAGAAGGAAGUGGGGAUGAAUCGGAGGGAGCUGAUGCUAGGGUGUUAGGACGGACCCUCUGAAUCGCUUUCAUAUCGGUGUCACUCGCAGAAAACCGCAGCAGCUUGUGGAGUUGCAUCAAAAGCAGACCCCAAGUGAAGGCCAGGCUGAGCUUCACCACGACGGGCUGGCGCCCAUGAGGCUGUACACGCUCUCCAAGCGCCACUUCGUCCUCGUGUUCGUCGUCUUCUUCGUCUGUUUCGGCCUGACCGUCUUCGUCGGGAUCAGAGGACCCAAAGUGAUCCAGACUUCUGCAGCUAAUUUUUCACUAAAUAAUAGCAAAGAGCUAAAGCCAGUUCAAAUACUUUCGAACCCGCUGUCUACAUAUAAUCAGCAACUAUGGCUGACAUGUGUUGUCGAGUUGGAUCAUUCAAAAGAAACAGCUAUUCAGACCAACUUCACCAUGACUGUUAAGGUCGAUGGUGUAGGUCAGGACGGGACCACCAUGUUCAUUCAUAAUAAAGUUCACAAUCGGACGAGGACCCUCACAUGUGCAGGGAAAUGUGCAGAAAUUAUUGUGGCUCACCUCAGCUACUUGAAUUACACUCAAUAUACAGUGACUGUGGGAUUCAAACACUUGAAGGAACGCAUCAAGGAAAUGAACUUCACCUGGAAGACUUACGACCCUGCAUUUUCCCACUUGGAAAUUUGGUUCCGAUUCGUCUUUGUGGUGCUUACCUUCGUUGUCACUUGCCUGUUUGCUCACUCCCUCCGCAAGUUUUCCAUGCGAGACUGGGGCAUCGAGCAGAAGUGGAUGUCCAUUCUCCUGCCUCUGCUGCUACUUUACAACGACCCGUUCUUCCCCCUCUCCUUCCUGGUGAACAGCUGGUUCCCGGGGAUGCUGGACGACCUCUUCCAGUCUGUGUUCCUGUGCGCCCUGCUGCUCUUCUGGCUGUGCGUGUACCAUGGGAUCCGGGUGCAGGGAGAAAGGAAGUGCUUGACUUUCUAUUUGCCUAAAUUCUUCAUUGUUGGACUAUUGUGGUUGGCCUGUGUUACCCUUGGAAUAUGGCAGACAAUUAAUGAAUUACAUGAUCCAAUGUACCAGUAUCGAGUGGACACAGGAAAUUUUCAGGGAAUGAAGGUUUUCUUCAUGUUGGUGGCCGCCAUGUACAUCUUAUACCUUUUGUUCCUGAUCGUGCGGGCCUGCUCCGAGCUGCGGCACAUGCCUUAUGUAGAUCUCAGGUUGAAAUUUUUGACAGCAUUGACUUUUGUAGUGCUUAUCAUUAGCAUCGUCAUCCUUUAUUUAAGGUUCGGAGCACAAGUAUUACAAGACAAUUUUGUUGCUGAACUGUCAACUCACUACCAGAAUUCAGCUGAAUUCUUAUCUUUCUACGGCUUGUUGAACUUUUACCUCUACACUUUGGCCUUUGUGUAUUCGCCCUCGAAGAACGCCCUGUACGAGUCCCAGCUGAAGGACAAUCCCGCCUUCUCCAUGCUCAACGACUCGGACGACGACGUGAUAUACGGGAGUGACUAUGAAGAGAUGCCCCUGCAGAAUGGCCAGGCCAUCCGGGCCCAGUACAAGGAGGGGUCUGAGAGUGACUGAGCCCCCCCGUGCCUGCUUCCUGGCCUGCCCUGUACCUGCCUGAACGCAGACCUCUCUUACAAGCAGAGAUUUCCUGAUCCUUAUUUGUUUACAUAUUUUUGAAAGGAAAACCAAAAUUGAGGACAAAUUUAAACAAUGGGCCAAAUUUACUGUUAGACUGACUGCAUUUAUUUGGGAAGAGAAGCGCUGACGAAAAGUUUAAACAGCCAAAUCAUUUUUCAAAGAUUUCAUAUGAGAGAUAGCUGUUUUCAGUGGUGAGAAAGAAAUUACUGCUGUUUUUAGUAGAGAGAAUUAUGUAUUUAAAAAAGAAAUUCACUAAUUUCAAGUUCCUGGAAAGCCCUUGUGAAUAAGGCCCACAGCAUGGUGGUGGUCCUCUGCUCCCUUCCUUUCUUCCCUGCCCCGUGGUACCAAUUUUUGACCCUUUAAACUCAAAGGGAAGCCUGUUUCUGUGGCUGCCCCACGAGGGCAGUCCUUCCCCAUUGAGUGGCCUGUGCUCUGGAUGAUCACGCAUCUCAAGUGAUGGGUAACUUGUGUCGGUUGCUGUGUGAAAUGUGUACGUAUGUAAUGGCUCUUUAGGGAAAGGGAGGCGGGUGGGCAGGUUCUAGCCCUUCACUGCCACCAAAGCAGAGCUGGUGUCUUGGAGUUCUGAGGAGCGUUUGAUAAGGCUCGUAAGGAAAGGGUAAGAUGAUUGACAGGUUGUCAGCUCCCAUGGGAAGGGUCUUGUUGCCAGAGUUUUCUAAGGGCCUGUGUGCACACGUGAGUAAUGCGUGUGAGCGUUACAUCAUGAAUAUGAAUGAUGUCCCUGUGCAUAGAGACAUCAUUCAUAUUCAUGGGGAGGAGGGUAUCCAUUACAAUUCCAGUAAGCAGGAGUUUCUGCAACUCUGUUAAAGAUGAUACCUUGUAGAGCUCUAUUUGUUUUGUUUUUUUUAAUAAAAGUUAAACAAGUGA